AAGGAACCGUGAGAGGCGCAGAUUGGGGGAGUUUAGCAAAGUGCCUGAUUUGAGUUACCAAACGGACCCGAAGACGUCGUAUAUAUAUUAACUAUAAGGACUCUCCAGCCCCUUUAAGCUUGCUUAUGUCUUCAGGUUAUUACCAAUCUCUGAAGAAUAGGAGCUUUGACGAGAGUGGCCCUAACGUCCGGUUUUGGAUCUGGCUCUGGAGUGGACAGCCCUAGCACAGAGGUCCUCUCUGCAGCGAGACCUACGGAAGAUGGGAACGAUGGCGGGCGGCUCGGGAGCGCGGCUCGGGCCGGCGUUUGGGCUGCGGAUGCUGCUGGCUACUGUGCUUCAAGCGGUGCCUGCCUUUGGAGCUGAGUUGUCAUCGGUGGCAUGCCGAGAGUUGGGAUACUCCAGCAACCUGCUCUGUAGCUCCUGUGAUCUUCUGGGACAAUUCAACCUGCUUCAGUUGGAUCCUGACUGUAGAAGCUGCUGUCAAGAAGAAGCACAAUUUGAAAGUAAAAAGCUAUACGCAGGAGCUAUUCUUGAAGUCUGUGGAUGAAAAUUGGGAAGGUUCCCUCAAGUCCAAGCUUUUGUUAGGAGUGAUAAACCCAAACUCUUCAGAGGACUACAAAUCAAGUAUGUUCGUGGUUCAGACCCCGUACUAAAGCUUUUGGACGACAGUGGGAACAUCGCGGAAGAGCUCAGCAUCCUCAAAUGGAAUACAGACAGCGUCGAGGAGUUCCUUAGUGAAAAGUUGGAGCGCAUUUAAAUCUUGCCCUGUCCUUUUGUGCUACCUGAUUAGAUGAAACACUGCAGCACCUAGACAUGUUAGUUUUGCUUCCUUCCAUUGGUCACCCUUUCACUUGUCAGGCAUUAAACACCUAAUUCGAAUUUAGGAAACAGACUAUGAUAUCUAAGGAGUUGGCAAGCUUACCAAAAAAAGCAUUUUCAUAAAUUUCCAACCUCUGACAUUUGUUGAUGCCACUAACAAAAUGAUUUGUAAUCUAUUUGUAGUUAAUUAUGCAGAUGACAGUUUGUGCUAAUUGGUCCAGUUUUAUGAACAACAGAUUUUUUUUUUAACCAGGGGGGUUAAUAAGGGAGGUGAUUACUGUGCCUCGUGCGCUCUGCUUCUUGAAAGUGAUGACAGAGAACUACAAACCAACUACGACACACUGAGACUCACAGGCUGCCAACAGAUUGCCUGCUCCGCACUCAUAUUUUUGUAUUACCCAGACUUCCUUUCAAUAGCAAUGUUAUGGUCUAUAAUACUCUGCAUAAAAUCAUUAUGGCUUCGUUAUUUGGAAACAGAGUUAAGAUCUGCAGUAAGAAUAAUUUGCACAAAGAUUCGCAUUAAUGAAGGCUACACAGGAAACCUUACUAAGGAUUUGUGUGGAUCUGAUAACUAGCAAAUUUUUGUGCUUUCCAUUCUUAUAAAACUGCCAAUUUAAAAGCCAUCGUUUGUAAGACCAAAGUAUAAUAAAAAGUUUCAAAAAUA